CGGCUCCGCUCGGCUGGACUCGGCUCGGUUCGGCUGGGUUCGGCUCCGCUCGGCUCCGCUCGGCUGGGGGAUGGUCCGGGCCGCGGGCGCCCGGGACCCACGAGAUUGAUGGAGGCAGGAACCAAAACUCUUCCCCUGGAGAAUGCAUCGAUUCUUUCGGAGGGCUCCCUGCAGGAAGGGCAUCGACUCUGGAUCGGCAACCUGGACCCCAAGAUAACCGAGUACCACCUCCUCAAACUCCUUCAGAAGUUUGGCAAAGUGAAGCAAUUCGACUUCCUCUUCCACAAGUCGGGGGCUUUGGAGGGACAGCCCCGAGGGUACUGCUUUGUCAACUUUGAAACCAAACAGGAAGCAGAACAAGCAAUCCAAUGUCUCAACGGCAAGCUGGCCCUAUCCAAGAAACUGGUGGUUCGGUGGGCUCAUGCUCAAAUAAAGAGAUACGACCAUAACAAGAAUGAUAAAAUCCUGCCAAUUAGUCUUGAGCCUUCAUCAAGCACUGAACCAACUCAGUCCAACUUAAGCGUCAGUGCAAAGAUCAAAGCAAUUGAGGCAAAGCUGAAAAUGAUGGCUGAGAAUCCAGAUGCAGAGUAUCCUGCAGCCCCAGUUUAUUCCUACUUCAAGCCUCCAGAUAAAAAAAGGACUACACCUUAUUCCAGAACUGCUUGGAAAUCUAGAAGAUGAUGUUGGUCACUGUUGUAGAAAGCAAAAGAAAACUGCUUUAUACACCUCUGAAAUCUUUGCUUUUGUACUUUGUAGACUUGAAAGGUACUAUCCGACAGAGCACAGCCACACUGUCACAGUGUUUUGUAACAUAGCCUUUUAAAUUUUCUUAAAGCUGUUCCUUGUUUGAAGCCUAUGUGGAAUUGAGCACUGUCCAGAAUAAAUAGGGUUGCAUCCAAAGUCAUGACUUUAAUAGGAGUUCCUCUAGGUCUAUUUACACAUGAAGACUGGGAACACGAGACAUAUGCUAGACAAAAAAAAGCUAACAAAUGAGUUUUAAUUCUAGAAGUACAUUAAUCAAAGUCUUAGAAGAAGUGUUCAAACGUCCUAUUAAAAAAACAAAACAAAACACAAAAGGGAUGUUGAGUGUGUGUAAAGGGGGUGAAGAUGGCAAGGUGGGGGGGAAAGGGUCCUUGAGUUUAUCAUAUAGAAAAACCCCCAACAUCAAAGAAAGAAAAACUUUUGGGACCAUCGGGGAUAGUUUAAGCAUUCUCCUAAUGGUUCUGAACACACCCUGCCCACCAACCUUCCAAAAAAGAAUGUCAAUCUUUAAAAAUCCUUGCAAUUGGAGCAGAACAUUUUACUCUAGAAAGUAUAAAAAGGCAACUGAUGGAUUUAUAAAAACUGUAUAUUCCAAAUCAAACUGCAUUGCGUACUUCUGAACUGUAGGAAUGUUAAUGUGGAACUUUUUAAAACUGUAUGUAGAACAUGUUAGGAGUUCGGAGAUGAGAGAAUUCUGUUUAGAGCUUAAGAAUACCUAACAGGCAGAAAAGUGAAAUCUCCUUUUGCAAACAAAAGCAUUGGUAAUUUGUUGCCACCCAGGCAUCUGUCAAACAAAUUGCAUCCCAAACAAUUCUUUGCAUCUGAUUGGAUAGCAGAGGCCAAAUUGUGUGCAGAGUAGGGUUGAAGCAAAGCCUGAAUAGCCCAGUGAAAACAGGCACUAAGUUUUCAUCAACCCCCCUGGAUUUUGGAGUACCUUACCUUUUGAAGUCAUAUGACUCUGGUUGUGAUUAGCUGCUUCUGCAUGACAUAAUACAGUUUUUCUUCCAAGGAGCCUGCUUCCCUGUAAAUAUUCUCUGACCCUUUGAACAGUGGAAAUAUGCAUAAUGCAGGAAUUUGAAUGAGUGGUCAUCCAGACCCACAUCUUGAUAGACCCUUUCACUCCCCUCACCCCUUCGAUUAGCAUUGUUAGUGAAUCUCGCCUGCCACAUCUCCUUGCUGCAAAUGCGUCUCACUUUUCUAGCAACUUAAGUCUUCCUAUGUUCAUUAUUGAGUUAAAUGAAUGAAAAUAAACUUCUGUGUAGCCAAGAUCCAGAAGUCAUAGGAUAAAUAAAGGGAAACACUUUUUAUUAAAGACAAAUUUCUUUGGGACUCUUGUA